AUCUGACGCACUUUUUUUCUUGGAUGUUCGCCUUUUUCGGUAAUAAACCGCUUGGGUUUAAUAUUACUCCUUUGUCUCUGAGUACUUCUACUUGAGUACUGACCGAGUGCAUAUGCAGUACUAUUUUGGCACAAAAAUUGCAUCUGUACUAGCAGGCCACGUAAUGAAAAUGAACUAACUGUAACUACAGCACAAAGACCAGAAGCACCUACUACAAAAAUGUUGAACGCGAGCUCGUUUUCGUCUACGUUGUCCGCAGCACUAGGAAGUAUGCUUUCGGCCUUCUUCCGCAGGACUGCGCUGUUGUCGCAUCUCGUGGCACAGGUAUUCCUGCUGUCCCAAGGUGUCGGCCUCGUGGCGGCUUACAACAGCUAUCAGCAGCGCAUCCCGAACGGGUCGAGCAUGGGGGCGGUGGUUAUCAAAAUGAAUCGCAGUGCAAUUACUCUCGCUGCAUGUAGUUGCGAGUUAUUUGCGUCGUAUCUUGUUCUGAGAACGAAAAUGAAUCGAUUCUGUUUCUGAGCAAGGUCGCUGCACCUAGAAUACAGUCGCGAAGCUUUUGCGAGGAAAAAUUAAAUCGUCGCUGAUUUACCAGCGUAGUACGCACGGAAAAUUUCAGAGCUCCUCAGCGUAGAGUUAACGGCACUGUUCUUGCCUUGCAUACUCUGGCACCAGGCUCUGAACGGAGGGAAUGCGCGAAACGCUUUUGGCCUGGCGUUUGCGGUACUGUAGCUAUUUAUUUUCGAAACUACUUUACCUUUACGUUUUAGUAUCACAAGAUCAAAGUUGUACCUUGUUGGUCUCGUUGUUUCUGAAGUUGUUGUCUCCGUGACGUUUUGAAAGAAAAAUCAAAGCAACAGGCCGGCGGCCGCUCGUGGACGACGGCGUUGUGCCAGGCGGAUUCGGACGGGGAUGGCAUGACAAACGGCUACGAAUUGGGCGACCCCUGCUGCACCUUCACGGCCGGCUCCACCACCUGGACGGGCAAGCGAACGACGCAACUGACGCAGCCGGGCAUCGUGAACACGGGCGCUGAGGUGACCACGACACAUGGCUGCCCGACUCCGAGUCCCACACCGAGUCCGACGCCUACCCCCACCCCGACCCCCACGCCAUCCCCCACACCUACCCCCACACCGACCCCAACGCCAACCCCCAGCCCGAGCCCAGCCCCCGCUCCGGCAGCAAGCGAUGCGUCCAGCUUGCGGGGCAGUACGUUUGGCGCGAUCGUGGUUUCCUCGGUGCUGUUCGCCGGCGCCGCCUCGUGGUUGGCGACAACUGGUGCGCCGGGGCUUCUGUAAGAUGGUACUUAAAUAACGUCAGAUUCGCGUCUCACUCAGCUUGUGCAAAUACUCACACUACAUUUAGUGCUGGCACAUAACUUGACGUUGCGAGGACGACCGCGAAGUGGGACAGCAUUGUGAUGAAUAAAACGCAAAACAAUGGUGCUGCAGAUUGUGUCUCAAAUAUGAUAAAUCUCUCUUGCAACGGCAAGAAAUAAGCAAAAGUGGUACAACUAGCCCUGGUGUGCUGUGGAUUUGAAGGUGCUAGAAUAGGUGCAAAAAAAUGUUCACCAAUCGAACUCGAGCGAUUUUUCCCAUGUACGAUAGAGCUUUGAAUUUUUCUGGUGCUAGAAGUUUCUAAUGGGUACACUAAUGUCGUAAAUGCGUUUGGACAAGAACAAUAAGUUCCCUUUCUGUGCUAUAAAAUCUGCACCUUGCCUUUGAGCAUUCUGUUUGAGUUUCACCCUCAUGUUUAUCAUCCUUAUUCACCUCUUGAUUGUACAACAUAUGAAGAAGAACAGAACGACAUGAGGACAAAAAGACAAAUGCACACUUAGCCUUUUCAUCUUAGACUGAAGAAUCACGAAAGAGUUUCGAGAAUUAUGCAAUUUGAAAUUUAUUGAACCACGCAAUGCGUCGGCGGCCCGGGUUAGAGCGGUGCCUCCCCGCUCGCGUUUCCUCUGGGUGAGCUGCGAAAUCAUGGUCCACCUGUAAAUCACGGUCGCUCCCGGAGGGCGCUCAACUCGCAGCUCAGGACAAUUCGAACCCUCAAAUGACGCAACAGGUUUCGGAAAGAACAGAAGCAGACACUGCCGCGGACCUCAACAAAAAAACCGCGGAGCUUCUAUCCGGCACAAGCCUAGACGGAUCUGAUUGCGAUGACGAACCGAAAGUAGCCGCGCGAAUGUUUUCGAACUACGGCAGAAAGAAGUCCACUUCCGAUGUGGUUGACGAUACUGCAGAGCAGCAAGACUUGAAAGCCUUCGUGUCUGCGCACCAGUGGCUGCUGCUGUUCGGAGUGCUUGCCACGGGUUCCAUCUUCACCUUCUUCUGGCUUGCGUGGUGCCUCGGGCUUGUUCGCCGCUGCAUUUUCCGGACCGGGUAUCUCUUGACCCUGCGGAAAAAGAAGGAGCAAAAGGAAAAGCAGAAGCUAGAGGCUCUCUGCGAAAAGCAAGGGCAAGCGAAGAAAGCUACCCCGAGUUGCACGUCGCAACCCGGCUCGGAGCCGGAAGACGAAGCGGCGCCGUUGGUCUCACACGAGAAAGCUCCGCCGGCGGGCGGCGGCAGUGCGGAGGCUGCAAAUCAUGCGCAACCGUUUCUCGACAAGGAGCAAACGCAAAGCGGGACGGCGCUGCGGACGUCUCCGGGUUCUGCCUCUCAAACUGCAAGCGAUGGCGAGGCGUACCAGCUUACGCAAGAGCAGACUUCGGAGCCUGGUGUUGUCACAACGGGGGCGCCUCUCCACGGCGAGAAUUUUUCGGGCGAGCGCACGGAAGAGGAAGCGCGCGAAGGUGCGGACAGCGAGGUCAUGGAGGAGGACCGCGUGGCUGCGAGUGCUGCUCGCGUGCUCGAAGCGAAAACGGCUUCUCUGUAUUCUUUAGUCAUGGGCUUGUCUGACAGCGAGGUGAAAGCUUUUCUGGAAGAUGAAGAAGGAGCGUGAGCACGGAAGGACCUGAAGCAAGAGUCGCUCAACGGCCAGAGGAGGGCACCGGCAUCGAUGACCACGAGCACGGCUAUGACACAUCAACGUUCUGUUUUUAGUAGGCACCACCUGUCCCUACAUGGUAUGACUAAGUUGUAAAUGUAAUUCAAGCUUCAGUCAAAAAUAUCUCGAGCCUGUUCCUAAACACCGAGUUUCGACACGCAGUAUCAUCCUAGCAUAGAAGUAUUAUCAGACUUUACUUUGUUUAUGUUUUCUGACCUAUUCAGAUUUUCUCUAAAUUAAUUUAAACAAAGAAACGUAAGUACUAAAGAAGUGUUUUGUUCCUAUACAAACUUAUUUGUCCGGCCUGAGUUUAAGAGCACGGGCACACAAAGAACCCGCGACGGGAGCUACAUUUCCGACGUGCGCUGUGACCAAGCCGAGAACUACCCGGGUACCCCCUGGCACGUCUGUUUGUUGAGGAAAGCCAUUUCGCGUUGUUUUUUCGAAAACUACACGAGGAUGAGAUCGAGGUUAGAUAUGCUCCGUCCUUAUUAUUCCGCACAGCCUGCGUCUGCCUCUGUGCGUUUAAAUGUGCGGCUGCUGCACGUAUUCAGAACGGUAUCUGUCAUGGCUUUCCUUUUCUACACAUUAUUUCUUCGAUAAUGCAGACGCGGCGGCGCUUCUUCGACUCUCGGUCGGGAUAGCGCAGCACCCCUGAAAUAGAUACGACAGCACUCCCAGUAUAGUAUGUAUUUGAAUUUUGUUUCUGGAAUACGACGUAAGUAUUAGUGUCUCUAUGCUUGUUCUACGUGAUGGAUUUGAUGUAAACCAGCACCAGGGACGCUCACAGCAAAGCGCUCGGGUUCUUGUUGCUACAUUAUUAUUAUCGACGCAGAACAAAUCAAGAAAAAGAAUC